AUGUCAAAGGUGAGUCAAUUUGUUUUGUAUUGUCGUUCAAUUUGAAGAGGGUGAUUGCACUAUCGCUGGGUUUGAAAGAUAACGAGAAAUCGUACAAUUCCUUUAUUAUUUUGGUGUAGUGCUGCAGUAGAUUAACUUAAAAUGUUACUGCAUAAUUUAAUUUACCGUACCGUGUUUUGAUUGAAAGUUGUCAAUCAAAACAAAGUUGCCAGCAAUCUUCAAGUUCUCUUUAUUUUUAUAAUUGAAAAUUCGAAUUGAAGUUUUUAAAAAGGUCUACUGUCUCAUUUUUAUUGAUUUUACAAACUUUGAUGGAUCUGUCAGAUUUGAAUAUAAUCUGACAGUUGAGAAAACAGUCUCUCUAGAGACAUGGGAAAAGCAGGAUACAGUGCUGAGGAAAUCUUGGAAAAAGUCCCGCUUUUGAGAAAAACCCUAACUCCAACAUGGCCCCAACAUUUGGCUGGUAUUUCAGCGGGGCUGAUGACAAUGUCGAUGGGCUUCGUGGCGGGUUGGUCGGCGUUCGCGACACCCUACCUGCGUGGCAAGGUUGCGCAAUUGCCGUUCGCACCGGUCGACACUGCGCAGGUCUCGUGGAUUGCGUCGAUCGUGACCUUGGGCGCCCUGCUCGGCUGCCUGCCGUCCGGCUAUGUGGCCGGUCGCCUAGGGCGCAAGGUCUACCUGCUCUCGCUCACCGUCCCCCUCGUCGCUGGAUGGAUGCUCAUCAUGCUCUCUGAGGGCCGGGUGUCCUGGAUCUACCUGGGUAGAUUCAUGUGCGGCCUGGCGUUUGGCGGUGUAACGGUGACCGUGCCUCUCUACAACAACGAGAUCGUGGAAGACCGGUUGCGCGGCAAGAUCGGAUCCUACUUCGACCUGAUGCUGUCCCUGGGUCUGUUCCUGGUCUAUGUGAUCGGUGCCAACACCUCCUACUACCUGUUCUCUGUGAUAUGUUGUACAUUCCCGCUCGCCUUCGUCUGUCUCUUCGUCUGGAUGCCUGAGUCGCCCUACUUUCUAAUCAGCAAGGGUCGCAUUGACGAGGCUAAGGAAGCUAUCAGAUGGCUCAGACGAGGUAUAACAGAGGAAGCUCUAGAAGUAGAAAUAAAUUUGAUAAAUUGUAUUUUGCAACAAUCUUCGUCAUCACACACAAAUAGCGUCAAAUCUCUUGAUUAUGCUAAGCAGUCUUUAAAUAAAUUGAAAAAUUGGAAUAUAACAUCGAAAGCAAUAGUGAUGGCGAUUGGUAUGAUGACUUUCCAGAGGAUGAGUGGUGUGAGUGCAAUCAUGUACUACACUGUGGACAUAUUCCAUGAUGCCAACACGUCAAUUUCGCCAGAAAAUGCCACCAUAUUGGUGGGCCUGCUGGGUGUGAUUGGAUGUCUGAUAUCUGCAUUACUGGUUGAUAGGAUUGGAAGACGAGUGUUACUGAUCUAUUCCGGUUUCAUCAUGGCUUUGGGAUAUACGUUCAUGGCAGCUUACUUCAUGGCCGUUCAUUAUGGUUACCAGAUGGACUACCAGAUGCGGUGCAUUCCGCUGUUGGCCGUCUGCCUGGUGGUGCUGUUCUUCACGAUCGGCCUGGGCCCGGUGCCCUGGUUCAUGAUCCCCGAGCUGCUCCCCGAGGACGUCAAGGGUAUGGCUCUGUCGGCCACCGUCGCCUACAAGUGGGUCAUCACCUUCCUCGUCAUCAAGAUGUUCCCGGUGAUGGUGGUCGAGGUCGGCUAUGCCAUCACUUACGCCCUAAUGGCCGCCGUUUGUGCAUCAGGCCUCCUCUUCUUUGAGCACUGCAUCCCCGAGACCAAGAACAUGAGUCCGUUCGAGAUACACGACGAGAUCGCCUACUACCUCAAUUUCGGACGCCACAACGUUCGGUCCAAGUACACCGAGAUACUCAACAGUCCCGAGAGUGAGGCCAAGUACACUCGUAAUGUCACCACUGUGUAUGGUUGACGCUAAACUGAACAAUUCCCCACUUUUUUAUACUACAUGUCAGUAGUAUUGUAAACAGUACUGUUUGUAUUGUAAACAGUAUUAAACAGUACUGUGUAGUGUUUAUCUGUAUAUCGAUGAUAAAAAACUGAAAAUAACUGGAUAAUCGGAUAAGUUUUUUAACAUGGCAGAACUGUUGAUUGAAAACUGAUAUUGUCUAAACAAUCUAGAGAAUUCAAUAAUUAUUUUGUACAACAUGGUAGAACUGUAAAUUGUAAGCUGGUAAUAACUGAACAAUUCUAUCAUUUUUGUACAAAUUUUUGUACCUUAUAAUAAGUGAAGAAUUGGAUUUUUUUGUAAAGCAUAGCAUAACAGAAAUUGAUCUGAGUAUUUAAUGGAAAAACUGCUAUUAAUGGAAGAACUCACCGGUUUAUUCUUUUGUACAACUUUUUGUACAAAAUCAUAUUUUUAUGGGAAAAUAGCAACAUAUAACUAUUUGAAAACAUUAAAACCUUAUCGUUGUAUAAUUGAAAUAAUAAUCAGGACACUCUCAAAUCCAAGCCAUCUCUCCACAAAAAGUGAUUUAAAUUGUAUUUCAUCAAUUAACAGAGUUACAAAUCAUGAUUUACAAUUUUGUCCAAUGAAAAAUCCUUCCAGAUAUAAUUUAUAAUUCCAACAUUAUAAUUAAAUAAUUAAUAAUUACGAUAUAAGUUUACAUUCUCAACAAGCACACACAUCACAUUAGAGUAGUAUCAGUAGUACAAGUGAAAUAGUUCUCAUCCAAGACUGUACAAAGUAGUAUCUACAAUUUUUAAGAUGGUGCUGUAUAUUUGUAUAUUUUUAUUAUUUCGAAAGAGAAAAAGAAAAUAUAGCCUUCGUUUCCAUUUUAGGGCAUAACUUGUUUCCGUUGGAACAGUAGUUAUUCAUGAGGAUGAUUUUCUUAUAAUCGUAUUUGAUUGUACCCCACAGUAAAUGUAAUAACAGUUUUGUUCGAAAUAGCUUGCUUGAUAUAACUUGGUCCAAAAUAAAGCAUCACCUAUAUAUUUCAUAUUAUUAGCUAGAUAUGGAUAGAUUUGAUUGAAACAUUCUCUAUGAUGAUUACUUCAGUAUAAUUCAAGGAAUUACAUUGUAUGCAAAUUUCAUUAAAUUUCCGGUGUUUUUCAUCAAUUUGGUAUUUUUGCUUCUUUUCUGUGAAUAAUUUCAAAGUAAAAACUGAGAUUAAAUUUUCUCAGAUUGAUUAUUGUAGAUGUUUAAAAAGUAUUUAUAUUUUUAAGGGUCGCAGUAUAUUAAUCUAUAUUCUUAGAACUUCGGAAUUGGUUGCAGUAGCCUAUAAUCGGCAUUUUUGGCCUAUAUAGAUUUUUGGGAUUAGUGCAAUUUUUUUACUGGUUUAUUGCAUUGUAUAUGCCAUUUUAUAAAAGUGAGGAAAAUCAUAAUACUUUUUAAGAAUAUUUUAAUGUAUGAAAUAUCUGAGUAUUUUGUAUUUUGAAUAAUAUUUGUUAGCUUUGAUCACGGCCUCCAUAAUUGUAAAAUAUUUCUUAAUCUUAGAAACAACAACUCUAAAUUGUAGCGAUUUUUCGUGGCUUUGCCAUAUUAAAUAAAUUGUGUGAUAUUGAAUCUGUAUUCACGUUUUUCAUGACUAUAAAAAUAAAUUUUAGGAUAUAAAUAUUAUGAACUAACAACAAAUAUUUUAUACUCGUUUUAAUUGUGUUUCAUAGUAAACUAUGAUCGUUUAUUUUAAAAAUUGUUUAUUAUUUUGUAUAACAAACCAUGUGAUGGCAUUGAAUAAACUUUAUCAAUUUUA